GGGGAAUCUUCGCAAACCGAAGAUGAAGUUCCCUCUUGUGAACCGGUUCACACUUCUGCUCCUCCUUCUGGUGAGCCCAACUCCAGUUCUUCAGGCCCCUUCCAAUCACAGUGACUCUGGCCUUCAUCACGAGCCUUUCCUGUACUUGGUUGGACGCAAGAAACUGCUGGAUGCCCAGUACAAAUGCUAUGACCGAAUGCAGCAGUUGCCUCCUUAUGAGGGAGAGGGUCCAUAUUGCAACCGUACCUGGGAUGGGUGGCUGUGCUGGGAUGACACUCCAGCUGGAGAAAUGUCCUAUCAGCAUUGCCCAGACUACUUUCCAGACUUUGACCCAGCAGAAAAGGUUUCAAAAUACUGUGAUGAAAAUGGAGAGUGGUUUAGACACCCUGACAGCAACCGAACCUGGUCCAACUAUACUUUGUGUAACGCUUUCGCUCCUGACAAACUGCAUAAUGCAUAUGUCCUUUACUACCUAGCUCUUGUGGGCCACUCUCUGUCCAUUGCCGCUUUGGUUACGUCCAUGGGGAUCUUCAUGUUUUUCAAGAGCCUGGGAUGCCAAAGGGUGACUCUGCACAAGAACAUGUUCCUUACCUACAUCCUGAACUCUAUCAUUAUCAUCAUCCACCUGGUUGAGGUUGUGCCCAAUGGAGAUCUGGUGCGACGGGAUCCUAUGCAUAUGUUUCAUCAUAACACACAUAUGUGGACAAUGCAGUGGGAACUGUCACCACCCCUACCCCUGAGUGCAAAGGAGGGAAAGAUGGACCCUAAUGACAGUGAAGUGAUAAGUUGCAAGAUUCUACACUUCUUCCACCAGUACAUGAUGGCUUGCAACUAUUUCUGGAUGCUCUGUGAGGGUAUCUACCUUCACACUCUCAUUGUCGUGGCUGUGUUUACUGAGGAGCAACGCCUGCGCUGGUACUAUCUUCUUGGCUGGGGCUUCCCCGUGGUGCCAACCACCAUCCACGCCAUCACUCGUGCCCUCUACUACAAUGACAACUGCUGGCUGAGUGCGGAAACCCACUUGCUUUACAUCAUUCAUGGGCCUGUAAUGGUGGCUCUGGUGGUUAAUUUCUUCUUUCUGCUCAACAUUGUCCGCGUGCUUGUGACCAAGAUGAGGCAAACCCAUGAGGCAGAAUCCUACAUGUACCUGAAGGCUGUGAAGGCUACCAUGGUCCUUGUGCCCCUGCUGGGCAUCCAGUUUGUUGUGUUUCCCUGGAGGCCCUCCAACAAGGUGCUUGGGAAAAUCUAUGAUUACCUCAUGCACUCUCUGAUUCAUUUCCAGGGAUUCUUUGUUGCAACUAUCUACUGCUUCUGCAACCAUGAGGUGCAAGUAGCCCUGAAGCGCCAGUGGGCGCAGCUGAAGAUCCAGUGGAGCCAGCGCUGGGGAAGGCGCCGCCGCCCGACCAACCGUGUGGUUGCGGCUCCUCGCGCGGCAGCCUUCGCGGAGCCAGGUGGCCUCCCCAUUUACAUCUGCCAUCAGGAACCAAGGAAUGCUCCAGCCACCAACAACCAAGGCGACGAGGGUGCUGAAAUGAUCCCAAUGAACGUCAUCCAGCAAGAAGAAUCCGCUUGAAUGUGAAGCAACCCCAAGCAUUGUGCUCCACUGAGCCUUCAUUUCCUGGGGGAAAGAUAGACCAUGCAUUUCAAGUGAUCCCCAUCCUCCCAGGAGCUGAGCAUAUCAUUCGUGAAGAAGUAUUAAGUGAAUUUGUCCAUAGUGAAUUUGAAGAAAGUUAUUCUUGGUACUAUUGCUUUGGGAGACAGUCUAGGAAUAGAGUCUCCCACUGCAACUUGUGAACUCCAUCAUUCAUCUAGGACUGAGAUGCCAGUGUCAUAGGAAUGCAGGCAAGGUAUCCAAAAAUGCCACUAAAUUGACUUAGUUCAGAUACAGGGUGCUCCUUGUUAAUCUUGAGCCAUUUGUACCUUUGAGAAAUUAAAAUCAUUCUCAAUGUUUUUAAUUUUAACACUAGAUUUUUAAUUAGACUAUUUCUGUAUUUGGCUAUGGAUCUGAUUUUUAAUUUUUUUAUUUCAAUCAAUUCCUAUAUUACACACUUCACCAUCCAUACAAUGUAAACUGCACAAAUAGCAUGACCUCUGCAAGAUGAUGUGUCUUAAACAUACAAAUGAACAAGAACAUGGGAGGUAAUCUGUGCAUUGGGCACAUACUUUGAUUGAAAAGGACAUUUAGAGUGCAUUUGCUGGAACUGUACCAUACUCAGAUUGCUUUUUACUCCAAUCCACCAGCCAGACCCAAAUGCUAUAAGGAAUUGAUUUUAAUGCUGAAUGUGCUUUGGCCACUGACAUUUAUAAAUUGGGAGGUCACCAAGAAUCUGUCGCCAAAAUUCUCACAAAACUGCCAAAAAUGUAAUUCUCCAUGAAAAAGAACACUCUUUAAAGAGAGUUUUCCAUUUUCCUAAACUACAGGAUUUAUAAAGCAAAUCACUCCAAGGUUUAUAAAGCAGAUUACCUCUUGCCCCUGGGUGCUAUCUAGCAGUAAGAGAUAGAUUUGUUUACGACUGGUAAUUAAAAGACUCCACACAAGUCCAUUGACUGCCUUCCACCCAGCUUCAAAGCUUAACAAGAUCUCUGUUUUCCAGGAAGACUCAGUGUGGCUAAUUACAAAUCGGUUUCUAGUUGACCUCUUGUUUGCUCCUAUUAGCAAAACAAGAGGAGAAAGACACAGCAUAAGGACUUCAAGUUUAACCACAUAUUAAUCCAUCUUAAAAUAAGCGCAGCUUCCCAUCAAAUCCCAGUAUUAUAUUUCCACAUCUCUCUUUCCUCCCCAGUAUGGGAUCUUCAAAGGUCCAUGAACAAACCAAUAACUAUCACCGAUUUUUGAAUCUGCAACAAUAAUUGGUUAUCAUUAUUUAAUCUGUAAGUUAAACGAGGAGCUUCAUGGAAACCCUCAAGAAUCUCCUCUCAUCCAUGUCAUCGUAGGCCACUGCCUUUCAGAAGCCUUUAGUUGGGUAAAGACAAAAGUAACUUGAUUUGUUCUGGUUCAUAUUUGGUGCACCCAAAGAGAACUGUAUUCCCCAUGACUGUAGACCUUGGACACUGAGUGUGUCUCCUU